CCCCAACCCCAGUCCACGGUAAAAAGCCCAAACUACAGUACUAGGUUUCCGCCAACCUCCCUCCAUGGCUCGCAAGCGCCGCCGCGCGGAUCAGCGCACGACGGCGCCGUCACCGCCUCCGCCCCUUCGGACUAAACUUACUCACCGGCAACCGGUGGUCGUCUUCGCCCACGGCGCCGGUGCCCCCUCCUCCUCUGAUUGGAUGACCCACUGGAAGGAGAUGGUGAAAGAUGCCCUGGAUGCCAUUGAAGUAGUAACAUUCGACUAUCCAUAUAUGUCCGGUGGUAAACGGAGGCCUCCCCCGAAGGCAGACAAGCUUGUCGACCAUCAUCUCAGUGUGGUGAAGAAUGCUGUGGCAGAGCAUCCUGGUCACCCGCUUGUUCUUAUGGGGAAGUCUAUGGGUUCGAGGGUCAGCUGCAUGGUAGCUAGCUCCGAUGGUAUCUGUGCUUCUGCGGUCAUAUGCUUGGGCUAUCCAUUGAAGGGAGCGAAAGGGGUAAUGAGGGACGAGAUACUACUAAAGCUGAUCGUUCCAACAAUGUUUGUGCAGGGCAACAAAGAUGGCCUAUGCCCCUUGAACAAGCUUGAGUUAGUUCGGAAGAAGAUGACCUGCAAGAAUGAACUGCAUGUUGUUGAUGGUGGUGACCACUCUUUCAAAAUCAGCCAAAAAUACCAAAAAUCUGCUGGAAUAAAUCAGCAUGAUAUUGAAUUAGAAGCUGUUAAAGCAAUUGAACAAUUCGUUCAGAACUCCAUAGCAGAAAGCUUAACCUAGCUGUUCCUUCAAAAAUUUCAUAUAACAUCUAAUGGUAGGUUCCUGAUCCUAAGACUCUGCCAUUUUAGGGGAAAGAUUCUGGCUUUUGAAUGAUCUAACGUGAUCAUGUACUUUGUUCGGUGACUGGUUAUAUGUAAAACAAUGCUAUCGUCCCCCCUGAAAUGUAAUAUGCUAGCUUGUAUUA